AUGGACUACGACGCAUAUGACGCACUCCUUCAUCACAUCUUUAAACAGACCCAAGGCGACGCCUGGUUCAAACCAGCAGAAGAAACCAUUUCGACCGGUGUCUGCCUCCGCGUCGAACCUGGUGUAUAUCGAGUAUUCCCCUAUGAGAAUCCCGACCUAGAACCCUUUGAGACUGCCAUCCGGGCUCUCUCGCCAGAAGUCGCUGUCAAAGUGCGCUCAGCCGCAGUCCAUACCGCCUUUACUGUCAUGGGUCCAGAAGAUCGCUCCCUCCAGGUCGACCCGACAAUUCGCAUUCAAGUUCUCGAAACAAUGCUCGACCUUGGCUCUGCAGAAAAAGAACAAAAAGCUGCGUUCAUUCCCAUACUAAUGUCCAUCUCCUCCCUCCAGCGCGAUGAACGUGUCAUGAUCGUCUGGUCAGACUCUGUUGACAAUAUCGUUGCCUCGACACUCGAUCUCGAAAGCCGACUGCUCAAGCUCGUCUGGAAAUCCCGCAAUGGGGCAACCAACACGACAUCUCUCACGCCACUUUCGGGGACAUCUGCAUUCGCAUCGACACCCUCUCGCAUGUCGCUUUCCGCAACGCGCAAGAAUACAAUCAUGACCGGCACAGAUAUUGAAUUGACCGAAAAGGCAGCGUCAAUGGCAGACAACCACGAUGUGAUCAGCCUCAAGGAAAAGGAACUCGAGGCCGGCGCAAAGCCUGCCCCUCGGCCCACUCGGACCUUUGCAGCGAUCUACAUCGGGAUUGCCGUUGCCUUGUCAACCUUCUUUGUCGGCUCUGGUGUCAAGAUUAUCCUCAUGGAAUGGGCACUCGACAAUGACUUUAUUCGGUUCGCACUCCUCGCCACCGUCCCACUCGUCUUUUGCAUCGCCCUCUUUUUCAGCAUCCAAAUCGUCAACACCGUCUCCGUGGUCAUCGGUCCCAUUGCCCAAGUCUACCAAAACUCGAAAUACUUUUCGGCAAUCCCGCCCGUCGCCCCGCCAAAGGGCGUCCCGGAGCGUCUCCCGCAUGUCACCAUCCAGAUGCCCGUCUACAAAGAGUCGCUCGAGCAGACUAUUGCCCCUAGUAUCGAGAGCAUCAAAAAGGCCAUGCAGACGUACGCCCGUCAAGGCGGCACGAGUUCCAUCUUUAUCAACGACGACGGUCUCCAGCUCUUGUCGGAAGAGGACCGCGAGCUCCGGAUGCAGUUCUACGCCAAGCAGGACAUUGGAUUCGUCGCACGUCCUCCGCAUGGCCAGAAUGGCUUCCUCCGUGCGGGUCGAUUCAAAAAGGCGUCGAACAUGAACUAUGGCCUAGCACUCUCGAUGCGUGCUGAAGAGAUUUUGCUCCAACUCCAAGCACAAGAGGCGACAAAGAAUCCAUUUGGUGCGGAUGUGGAUGGUCAAGAAGAGGAAAUGGACAUUGAAGAGCGUGCGCUGCAAAUGGCCAUUGACGAGACGAAUGGCGAGGCGUGGGCUAAAGGAGCGAGACACUUGCGCAUCGGCGAGAUUAUUCUCAUCGUCGAUUCGGAUACUCAAGUCCCAGAGGACUGUUUCCGGGAUGCGGCACGCGAAUUGGCAGAGAGCCCGAAUGUGGCUAUCAUCCAACACGCGAGCGACGUCAUGCAAGUUGCCCACCACUACUUUGAAAACGCCAUUACCUAUUUCACUCGCCGUAUCAACCAGUGCAUCUCGAUCGACUGCGCCAACGGCAACGUCGCACCCUUUGUCGGUCACAAUGCCUUUUUACGCUGGUCUGCCGUCCAGGAAGCUGCGUUUAUCGACCCAGCGGAUGGUAAGAAGAAGAUGUGGUCCGAGUCGAAUGUAUCCGAGGAUUUCGACAUGGCGCUCCGACUCAUGAUGUGCGGUUACAUUGUCCGCUGGGCGACUUACUCCAAGGGUGGCUUCAAAGAGGGUGUCUCGCUGACGGCCGACGACGAGCUCAACCGAUGGCAAAAGUAUGCGUAUGGUUGCUCAGAGCUCAUCUUCAAUCCGCUUUACCAGUGGGUGUACAAGGGUCCCAUUAAUGCCCAGCUGCGCAAGUUUGUCUGGAGCGACGCGCCGUUGCACUACAAGAUUAGUAUGAUGUCCUACAUGUUCUCGUACUAUGGUAUUGCCGCGGCGUUUACCCUCUCGUUCCUCAACUACAUCAUCCUUGGGUGGGAGCUCCCCGUGGAUGGCUAUUACCUCCAUGCGUUUGAGAUUUGGCUCUCUUGUACCGUUGUGUUCAGCGGUGCUGGAACAAUCUCCAUGACUGUCGUCGAGUAUCGUCUCGGCUUGAGGAGCCUGUUCAACGCCUUUUGGGUCAACAUCAAGUGGAUUCCCUUCUUCUUCUUCUUCUUUGGUGGCUUGAGCUUGCACUUGUCCGGUGCUGUCCUCGCCCACUUGUUCUCAUACAACAUGACCUGGGCCGCAACAAAGAAAGAAGUCGAGUUCUCCAACUUUUUCAAAGAGGUUCCCAAGAUUUUCAAGCGCUUCUGGCUCUCGAUCCUCAUCUCCUUCCUCACUAUUGCCAUGAUCAUCGUCCUCGCUCUCCCAAUAAUGCCGCGUCAGUGGGCCAUUGGAGGUGCUGGUUGGGCUGUCAUAUUCCCUCUUGCUAUCCAAGCGGGAUGCCAUAUCCUCUACCCAAUUGUCCUGAACCCAUGGCUCCUCCUCUUCACGUACUAA